CUUCUGUACGCUGCAGUCAGUUCUUCUGUCGGGAAGAGUGGUGCGCAUGCUGCGACGCAGGCGAUUGUGUUGACGGACUUCCUUCUUGAAAUCUGCCGCCGGAUCAACCGUGCGAAGGGACAAGCCGAUGAAAUCAAACUCCAAGUCGGAGGAGGGGGAGGAUCGUCCUCGUCGAGCCUAAUUAAGAGUCCCGGUUGGGGGCAACAUCGAAAGACGACAACGUCCUCAGUAAUAGGAAAAGGUCAGACACAACAUCAAACGGGAGGAAGAUCUCCAACGAGAACUCUGCAUGAUGACCGACGUGCUUUUCGUGUGGUGAACGAUGUCGAUUGUGCGUGGUACGAUAAGAUCGUGCACAUCUCGUGUUCCGCGCGUGCAGUGUUGGCACUCGAGGAGAUACGAGGUGUGAAGGGCGUUUUCGCUGCGAAUGCUCUGAAGGCAACAUGCAACUUCCGUGUGACGAUGACGCAGCAAUUCGAAGCCGCAUUUAUUGCAUUCGAAAAAGGUGAGUCGGACAAGGCGAGCAAGACGCUAACAGCCAAAGUCCGCAAGAAGUGGGGAAAAGGCAUGAAAAUCGUAAAGACCGC